CUCGUUUUGAACACUUCAUUUCAUUGGACGGUUUAUGCAGAGAGUCGCGGAUGAGGUAAGCACUUUCAACAUGUCGGAGGGAAAAGUUAUCCCGGUAAGGGUCGCUGUACGUGCCCGUCCACUCAUCCCAAAAGAGACGAAUGAGGGAUGUCAGGUUUGUGUCGGUUUUACUCCUGACGAGCCACAGAUUAUCCUUGGAAAGGACAAAGCCUUUACAUACGAUUAUGUAUUCAACCCAUCACAAAGCCAACCAUUCGUAUACCAGGAAUCAGUAUUCCCACUCAUUAAACAUAUAUUCAAAGGAUACAAUGCUACUGUAUUAGCUUAUGGACAGACAGGAAGUGGUAAGACAUUUACCAUGGGAGGAUGCUAUGAGGCAUCACUUAAUGAAGAUGAAGUAGAGAUGGGGAUUAUUCCCAGAGUAAUACGAGAGCUAUUUAAUGGCAUCACAGACAGACCUGAUUCUGAGUUUACAGUGAAAGUUUCAUACCUAGAGAUCCAUAAUGAAGAUAUAAAUGAUCUACUGUGCCCACCUGCUAAACGUGAACCAUUAGCCAUAAGGGAGGAUGUGAAUGGACAGAUAAAGCUACCAGGUUUGUCUGAGGUGGUAGUGGAAAGCUUUGAAGAAACCAUGAACUGUUUACAAAGUGGUUCAAGUGGACGAACAACAGGUUCAACAGCCAUGAACACACAUUCAAGUCGUUCCCAUGCAAUUUUCACAAUUCAAAUUGAGCAGAAGAAAAGGCAAGAUAUGGAUGAUGUUUGUAAGUGUAAGUUUCACUUAGUUGAUCUGGCUGGAUCAGAGAGGGCCAAGAGGACACAGGCAGUAGGGGAGAGGUUUAAGGAGGGCGUCAACAUUAACAAGGGAUUGCUGUCACUAGGAAAUGUCAUCAGUGCUCUAGGAGAGGAGAGUCAGGCCAGGAAUCACAUUCCUUACCGAGAUAGCAAGCUGACAAGGUUACUGCAAGACUCGUUGGGAGGAAACAGUUAUACUCUAAUGAUUGCCUGUGUGAGCCCCGCUGACUCUAACAUGGAGGAAACCCUAAACACAUUGAGAUACGCUGACCGAGCAAGGAAAAUCAAAAAUAAACCUAUUGUCAACAGAGAUCCUCAGGCUGCUGAGAUAUACCGCCUUAAACAGCUGGUGCAACAGCUCCAAGUACAACUUGUCAAUACUGGUGGAGGCGUAUCAUUAAUGAGUAUUGACACAACAUCUUCCUCAUCUUCAUCUGAAGAUCUCAAAUCAAUUGCAGAGAAGAACAAACAGUUGGAGGAAGAGAAUAGCAAGCUUUCUCGUGAGCUGCAGAGGGCUGUAGAUCAGAGCACCAACAUGUGUGAGAAGGCUAUCAGGCUGGAACUAAAGUGUGAGAAAUUAAAGACCAAGCUAGACAAGCUCAAGUCAGACACAAAGAUAGAUCUUGAAGUUCUUGGUACCAGUAUCAAUGCAGAGCAAAACCCAGAGGCACAAGAACAAAUAGAGAGAAUACGAACAUUGACAGUCAGCAUACAUCAAGAGGAGCAAGAAGAGGGGUCACUAUCAAUUGUUGAAGAAGAGGAAGAGGAAAAUGAAAAUGAUAAUCCUCCUGAAACCCCUGACAGCCGAGCUCGCUCUAAAGAGUUCACUCUCCGCCAGGCCAAAAUGAAUAGGGAACUUCAGGAGCUAAAUAGAUUACUGGAGACAAAGGAAACCCUGGCUACCAAAAUGACGUUAAACGAUGACCAGAUGAAGUCAAUCCGUGAACAACACGAAUCCCAGAUGAAAGAGUUAGAGCAUCAAUUAACUUUAGCACAAAAACAAAAGGAAGAAAUGCAACAGGCUUUAGAUGAUGCCAAGAGUAAUGCAAAUGCAAACAGAGUUGCUGAACAGAGAAGAUUGCGCUUGAAAGAGUUGGAACAGCAAAUUUCUCAGCUACGCAAAAAGAUGACGGAACAGGAAAAAAUGCUAAAAAUGAAAGACCAGAGAGACAAAAGUGUCUCCAAUCUCCAGGGUGAAAUACAGGGGUUAAAACAUCAGCGUGUGCAGUUGAUGAAGAGGAUGAAGGAAGAAUCUGAUGAUUUCAGGAAGUUCAAACAACAGAAAGACAAGGAGGUAGCUCAGCUGAUGCAGAAAGACAGAAAAAGACAGUUUGAGAUCGCUAAGCUGCAGCGUCAGAAUGAACGACAACAGUCUGUACUGAAACGUAAAAGUGAAGAGGCUGCUGCAGCCAACAGAAGGUUAAAAGAAGCAUUGUCAAAACAGAAGCAGAUCCAACAGGAAAGGGCAAAUAAAUUAGAGACCUACAAUUCAUCUUCCAUAGGAAAUAGAGUCAGGUCCUGGCUAAGCCAUGAAUUAGAGGUAAGAAUCAGCAUUCGAGAAGCUAAGUACCAUCUGGAGAGCUUACUAAAUGACAGGAAGGAAAUAGCCAAACAAAUCAAAGAACUGAAAGAGAGGCUAGAGGAUGAGACCGAUGGUCCACCAAUCAAAAAGUUGGCAUGGUUGGCAGAGAACGGUGACAAGACAGAGGUUAGCUUCGAAGUGGACAAGAUGAACAAGGAGCUGAAAGUUCUGGAGGGAGAAAUGGUGCUGAGAAAUGCUCAGAUUUCUGAGCUACAGCAGAAAAUUGUGGACGCUGACCAAGAUAUCAAGGGCAAGAUAUCCUGGGACACUUUGCACACGAUGGUAGAGGCUAAAUGUGCUCUCAAAUGGUUGAUGGAACAGGCAGUGUCUUCUAAAACAGACUUGACAAGGACGCAGGGAAAACUAAAGGAUUCUGAGUAUGACGACAAAGACCUCAAAGAGGAGAUUGAGAGGUUAGAAAAGGAACUAUCGGACCAGUCAAAUAAACAUGAGAAAAAGAUCACAACACUGCAGAAACAGCAAGAGGAGAAGGUGCUUUUCUUGUUGAACAAAAUAAAAGGAAGUGCUAAUGUUGAAUCUGCUGAUGAGGACCUGAAGGAACGCCUAAAAUUUCAGGAGGGGGAAAUAGACAGACUGAGCUCCUUAGAGGAAGAAUUAAACAAGAAAUCAGAGGAGUGUGAGGAACUGAAAAAACAAAUGACCAGAGCCAUGUAUCAGAAUAAAAGAAUGGCCCUUCUGCCCAGCAUUGAUGAUCCCAAGUCAUCACCAUUUCUGUCACCCACUCCAAAACCUAAGAUAAAGAAAAAGAAAAAGCUUGAGGAGGAGGCAGAGGAGGACUGGGAGGAGACAGAGGAGGAGAGCUUCCUCACUGAGGAUGACUCCAGUGAUGAGGACUGGAGAGCUACACCAAUGUACAAGAGGAAAAUGGCCAGCAGGAAGACCAUGGGUGGAGAAAAUUCUUCAAUCAAUGACAAGUCAACCAAUGACAAAUCAGCAGUGGAGACAUCACAAGUGACCAAAAAAUCCAGUUCAUCUGCACUGAUUUGUAAGUGUAAGACUAACUGCAGCAGUCGAAUAUGUUCCUGUAAGAAAAAGGACAACAUGUGUACAGACGGAUGUGGGUGUGACGUCAGCAAGUGUAAAAACAGGGAAGCCAACUCUGACCAGGAAAAUAAAGAAGAUGGAGAUCCACAGGCCACUCUGAACAGUACAUAUAAUCUGGAGGAGACGAGUGCCAAGGAGAACACUCAUAAGAAUCCAUUAAAGGAUUUAAUCAGCUUCAAUGAGGGGAACCGCAGUUCUGAUGAAUUCGUUGUACCAUCUGCUGUUAAAUCCAAAAGAGCAGAAUCUAGUGACAGUGUCAACCUCCUGGAAGGGGGAGUCAAGAAGAGGAGAAAACUGUUCAGCACCAGUGCCAGGAAUAACAGUACCAGCUUCUUUGGCCCCUUGGAGUGAAUGACUUAUAUGUAGACCCUUUUUAUUUGGGUAUUUAUUUUUCAUGAUUUAGAUGUAAAAAUAUUUUUUUAAUAGUUUUAGAUUAAGGAUAUGAUUGGAAGUCAGUAAGAAAUGAUAGGAGAUGAAUGGAUUUUAUGUGUUUUAUUGAACUGAGCUACUCAUACCUUGUAGUUCAUAUACACUUUAUUGUGUAUUGCUUUUCUCCAUGUUCUAAAAAUGUUUUUCUCUCAUUUUCUUUCUCUCUCUCUCUCUCUCUCUCUCUCAGAAUGUAACAGCAUUCAUUCAUCAAUAAAAACACAUUUAGUUACAAAUGUAUGUUGUAUGUACCAGUUACAUGUACAUCAUCACUGAAAAAAGUGCUUCAGAAUCCUAUGAAGUGUUGUGAAUCGUUAUAUGUUUGAGUUGUUGAGUGACAAAUAAAUCGAAAUUUAUGACUGUCCAAAAUUUAAGAUUGAAAAUGUAUUUUGUUAGACAUUAUGGUAAUGUAAAAUCUGGCAAAUUUUUCUCACGAAUUUCUCCUUUUUCUCUGUGUCUAUAGUUCAUUGAUUUUGAGUACAAUAUAGAUGUCUCAUAGUGUCCACAACACCCUGAUACAUGUAAAAAACAUAAAUAAAUAUUACAUUGUAUGUUUCUGAUACAUUAAAUGUAUAUUUUUAUCUGUCAAAUUAUAACCAUUACAAUGAAAUUGAAGAUGAAUUUUUAGAAUAAUUUACAUACCUUUUAAAUUUUGUAUUUUUUGCAGCUUGUUUUAGAAGUGUAGUGUAUUAUUAAAGGUGUAAAUAUGAUUAUAUAUUGAAGAAAAACUAUGGACAAGUAUGUAAAAAAUAAUGGUUUAAUAAACUCUGACCACAU